ACAGACUACAGUGGCUUGAAAUUACACUUUGCUUGGUUUAGUCACGGUCCAGCCAUGAGUAAUAUACUACAUAUGUCAACGUGUGCGUGCUAAUUUAUCAGCUAUAGAGUGAAAACUUUGUGCAAGAUAAAGUUUUCUAGAAAUCUAUUUAGAUUGCUGUCAAAUGUCAAACUAGCGUUCUACACGGAGUUAUCUCGCACCCAGAAUGAAUCGGAACAAGAACCAGACACGAAGGAGACGAAAUUAAUGGGGAAGCACGCGGACUGCAACGUUAAUGUUUUUGACUUCUGCAACAGUCAUAACUGUCAUUCGGAAAAUUGUACUUCCCGGUAGCUACAACAUUCAGAACGGACAACGUCCAGCUCUGCCUGGGCUACUACCUACGUGAAAGGAGCUGUGUAUGCUGAAAAUUCUAGAGAAAUGCAAGAAUUCUAACAGAGGAAGUGUUUCACAUCUAGCAAUCUGGAUACUCUAUUGUCACAGGUCUACUCGUUAUGACAUGGGAAUAGAGCUGACUAUACAGGAAUGCAUCUGCCAGCGUCUAGUCUCUUGUAGACACAACGGGAUGCGGGAGGUGGAUGUAUCUGCUGAGCCACACAUGGACAUGGAGUGUCCAGUAUGUCCCUCGUCCAAUCAGAAUGGCUGUGUCCUAGACCCACUUCAUGUCUCCGAGCCCAAACAGGUAGUAGCUCCUCCCUGUCUGACGGUACACCUGUACCACCUGGGCAGGGGCGGGACCGAUAGCCCAGACCUCACCUAUCCUUCAGGGAACUAUGUGGCUGAGGAGCUGUGCAUCGAUGCGGCCAUGGCAUGCGGCCUGUCACCAAUGUACUGCAGCCUAUUUGGCCUGAUGAGGGAGAGCGACCGCAUGUGGUUCCCACCCAAUCACAUCCUCAAACUGGACGAAUCAGCCAAUGAGCUGCUCCUCUUCAGAGUGAGGUACUACUUCCCUGGCUGGUAUAAGAACCGAGUCUCCUGUGCCCACCGCUAUGGGGUCAACAAAGGGCUGGAGAGCCCCGUCUUAGACGACACCGUCAUGUCCUACCUCUUUGCUCAGUGGCGUAGUGACUUUGUGGAUGGCUGGGUCAGUAUCCCAGUAAACCACGAGGCCCAGGAGGAGUGUCUUGGCAUGGCUGUGUUGGAUAUGAUGAGGAUGGCUAAGGAGAGCAGCCAGGCUCCUGUGGACAUCUUCAACGACACCAGCUAUAAGUCAUUCCUACCCAAGGACAUACGUGCCCGUAUCCAGGAGUACCACUUUGUGACCCGGAAGAGGAUCCGCCAUCGCUUCAAGAAGUUCAUCCAGCAGUUCUGCCAGUGUAAUGCCACCGCUCGCGAUCUCAAGCUCAAAUACCUGGCAAAUCUGGAGAUGCUGCAGCCAGCCCUCUACUCCGAGUGCUUCCGUGUCACAGAGCCCUCGGCUGGAGAGGUCACCAUCGUCGUCACGGGUAACAAUGGAAUUCAGUGGUCCCAGGGGAAGGAUAUGGAGAUAGAAAAGGGUUUCCAGACGUACUGUGAUUUCCCUGAGGUUAUAGACAUCAGCAUUAAGCAGGCCAACAAGGGCGGUGCUAUCGAGAGUCGUAUCGUCACCAUCAACAGACAGGACCAUCAGACUCUGGAGCUGGAGUUCCGUUCCCUGUCCGAGGCUCUGUCCUUUGUGUCCUUGGUGGAUGGCUACUACCGGCUCAUAGCAGACUCCCACCACUACCUGUGUAAAGAGACGGCGCCCCCAAAGCUGCUGGAGGACAUUCAGAGCUACUGUCACGGCCCGGUUUCGAUGGAGUUUGCGACCAGUAAACUGCGACGGUCUGGGAAUCAUAAGGGUCUGUACAUCCUCCGCAGCAGCCCUAAGGACUACAACAAAUACUUCCUGACCUUUGUAGUGGGGCAGAGUGACAGCCUGGUGGAGUUUAAGCACUGCCAGAUAGUGAAGACGGACCAGGGAGAGUACGUCCUCUCUGGGGCUAAGAAGAGCUUCAGCUCUCUAAGGGAGCUGCUCCACUGCUACCAGAAGGAGGCGCUGCGCUCUGACGGAUACAUCUUCAAGUUCACCAAGUGCUGCCCGCCAAAGGCUAAAGACAAGUCUAACCUGUUGGUCUGCAGGGGUAACCAGGGUGCUGAGGUGCCGCUCUCCCCCUCCCUCCACAGACACAUUAGCCAGAUGGUGUUCCACAAGAUACGCAAGGAGGACCUUGUCAUCAAAGAUAGUCUGGGUCAGGGAACGUUCACUAAGAUCUUCCGUGGCGUGAGGAAGGAGCUUGGGGACUAUGGAGAGAUUCACCAGAUGGACGUCAUUGUCAAGAUCCUGGACAAGGCCCAUCGCAACUACUCUGAGUCGUUCUUUGAAGCCGCCAGUAUGAUGAGCCAGCUGUCCCAUAAGCACAUGCUCCUCAACUAUGGCGUGUGUGUCUGCGGGGAGGAAAACAUGAUGGUGCAGGAGUAUGUGAAGCUUGGCUCCCUGGAUACAUACCUGAAGAAGAAUAAGAGCUCUGUAAACAUCACAUGGAAGCUAGAGGUUGCCAAGCAGCUAGCCUGGGCUAUGCAUUACCUGGAGGAUAAGAACCUGAUCCAUGGAAAUGUGUGUGCCAAGAACGUCCUGUUGAUCCGAGAGGAGGACAAGAAGACUGGGAACCCUCCCUUCAUCAAACUGAGUGACCCUGGAAUCAGCAUCACUGUCCUGCCCAAAGAUGUCUUGGUGGAGCGUAUCCCCUGGGUGCCUCCAGAGUGUAUAGAGGUGCCUAGACACCUGACUCUGGCCACGGAUAAGUGGGCCUUCGGCACAACCCUGUGGGAGAUCUGUAGUGGAGGAGACAAACCACUCGGCACACUGGACUGCUCCAAGAAAUGCCUGUUCUAUGAGGACCGCCACCAGCUGCCUGCUCCGAAGUGGACAGAGCUGGCCAAUCUCAUCAACAGCUGUAUGGACUAUGAGCCCUCCAACAGACCUUCCUUCAGAGCUGUCAUCAGAGACCUCAACAGCCUCUUCACUCCUGACUAUGAGUUGCUGGUGGAGAGUGACAUGGUGCCCAACAGGACCAGAGGGUUUGGGUUCCCAGGGACUUUUGAGAACCAGGAGCCCGCUCUGUUUGAAGAGAGACAUCUCAUCUUCCUCAAGCAGCUGGGGAAGGGUAACUUUGGCAGUGUGGAGAUGUGUAGGUACGAUCCUCUGCUCGACAACACAGGGGAGGUGGUGGCAGUCAAGAAGCUGCAGCACAGCACAGCCGAACACCUCCGAGACUUUGAACGGGAGAUCGAGAUCCUCAAGUCCCUCCAGCAUGAUAACAUCGUCAAGUACAAGGGAGUGUGCUACAGCGCUGGUCGGAGGAACCUGCAUCUGAUCAUGGAGUACCUCCCCUACGGCAGUCUGAGAGACUACCUCGUCAAGAACAAGGAUCGCUUCGACUACAAGAAACUCCUGCUCUACGCCUCACAGAUCUGCAAGGGCAUGGACUACCUGGCGACCAAGCGCUACAUCCACAGAGACCUGGCCACCCGUAACAUCCUGGUAGAGAGUGAGCUGAGGGUGAAGAUAGGAGACUUUGGGCUCACCAAGGUCCUGCCUCAGGACAAGGACUACUACACCGUCAGGGAGCCGGGAGAGAGCCCCAUCUUCUGGUAUGCCCCCGAGUCGCUGACUGAGAGCAAGUUUUCAGUGGGCUCUGACGUGUGGAGCUUUGGAGUGGUCCUGUACGAGCUGUACACCCACAGCGACAAGGACUGCAGUCCUCCAGCCGUGUUCAUGGAUAAGAUGGGCCGUGACAAGCAGGGUCAGAUGAUAGUGUAUCACCUCAUUGAUCUCCUUAAGAGAGGAUACAGACUCCCUGCUCCCCAGGGCUGUCCUGAGGAGAUCCACAACAUGAUGACAGAGUGCUGGAAUGGUGACCCAGGUCUGCGGCCCACCUUCAAGAAGUUAGCCCAGAGUGUGGACACGUUCCGGGACAGUGAAGAGGGCUGAGGAACCCUUCCUGGAGGGCUCUACUGGUGGUGACCUGGCCCAGCCCACAUGAUCACCUUGUCCAUUGUAAAAUGUUUUGCUACGGUGUGCCCUAAUCAAUACAACCCUGACGACGCCUUAACUCUCAAAAGACUACGACAAUGGAGUCACUUGAGCCAACAGUCUUCUGGAGCAGAUAGGAGGAGCAAACGGGGAGGAUUACCAAUGGCAUUCUGGGAGAAAUCACAAAAAGACAAUAUUGAAGUCUGUCUUUGUGUGCGAUCCUAGCCCCUUUUUUCCACUGAUUUGGGGAAGGGAAAUGACCACAUGCUGUUCCUAUGCUGUUGUGUUUUCUCCGUACCUAUUAUGACUUAUUUUGGGCUCUGGCCUCAGACUCCAGCACAGGCAGAACACACUCAGCUGUUGUUAAUGCUGAUGCUAAUGGCAAGCACAGAAACACGUCAAGGAUAGCAAUGCGGAAGAUGUGCAUUUAGUAAAGACGUUAAGACUGUUCCAUCUGCCUGCCUCCCUCGACUCAUUGGAUUAUGUCAAACCCCUUUUCUCUUUGUCACGGUAAUUCACAUUGUGUUAAUGUGCCAUCAUCUCGCCUGCUGACCUCCCAUUGGAAUAUGAAUAUGCACUUCUGCCGUAUAAGAACGUGGACGAGACUGUUUUGUCUGUCAGUAUAGUUAGGUCGUCUGUCUUCCUUUUUUAUUGUAGGUUGUUAUGGCAGCCGUGCUGACUGUCAUAGAUGAUGUCAAUGUCAAAACUUCGAAGGUUAAAGUGUUUUGAGUGAACAUAUUUGUUAUUUUUCAUUUAAAAAAAGUGAUAAUCUAUGAUCAUGGCGAGGAAAGGGUUUUAACAUGUAUUUAUUUAAUUGUUUUAUACGAGUGUUUACCUGUUUGCGAGUUGAAAGUAAGUGUGCUGGUGCUGCAUUUGAGUUAUAAUGCUUAGGCUAAAUUGAUUGUAAAAUAUCAGCUAUUUUAUAUCAAAGCAGUCGUACAGUAUUAAAGGGAAUGUUAUUGCAAAACGGGUCAGAAAUAGAUUUUAUUGCUUUUAGUGGCAUGUUUUAUUUAUUUGUGAGAGACAAAAGUUUAACUGCCAUUUUAUUUGGUUGUAGUAUUCAUCCUCUUGAGUGGUUGUAAUUCAAGAGGAUGACAGUGGCUCUUUCAUCUCCAUCCACACCGUCAGCCCUCAAAAAAGGUCACUUAUACACAUGACAAUUUGCACAUACACACACGUGCACAUCAGACCUGGGUUCAUAUACAUGUGUGUUUGAGUGUCUGUUAUUUCAAUGACUUUUUUCGUAUGUAGUUUGAGUAUUUUCUAAAUACACAGAACAAAACGAUUACUUAUUCAAAACUUUCCUGGAACGCUAUUUGAACCCCUUUUCAAAUACUUUGCUGCUCCGUGUCCAACGAGCUUUUAGAAAUUGUUUUUAAAACAUAACAUGGCAUCUUGUCCCUCUCAUGAGACACCAAUGUAAAGUAUGGGCUUCAUAUUGCGAUUUAAUAAGUCAAAUGAGACCUGCAUAGCUUCGAUUUCAAACUAAACUUAACUACAUUCACAACUAUUUUCAAAUGCACACCAAAUAAUUCUAAUAUUUAUUUGAAAACACUGUCUUUCAUAUGCUUCCAAUGAUAUGUAUUUUAAGUCGUUGUAAAUACAUGCAAAUCUUUCCAAAUAUAUAUUUUUUUAAAUACAUUCCAAAAUUCAACUACUUGUUCUUUCAAAUUAAGAUGCUCUAAAUUUUUUAAAUGUAUUCGCACACACAGAAACUUUUAUCUAUUUAAGGCUCUGACUGGUGACUUGUCAAUUACUCAGGUGUAGUAGUUCUACAAUCAAGGAAUGGUCUCCCACGGAGAAAACUGUGGUGAUGUGUUGAGGCUAAAUGGGGGUAGGAUCCUCAAACCAGUGAGUCCCUGUUAAAACUAGCUGUGUGAAAUCCCUCUCGGGUACACCUUGGUUGUGGUGGUAAGUGUAAUGUUCUGUGGAGGUAUGGUAGUCAUUGCGUCUGGUGGAUCCUCCUGUCCUCAUGGCUGACUUAGCUGGUGGCCCAGACCUGCAGCUAGUUGUGCUAACUGUUAUUGUUUCCGUGGUAAACCAAGAGAGUAGUGGGGGGAGAGAAGCUAAGGGAAAUAAGAGCUUGUUUUUCCUUAUUGCCUGACUGUUACCAUGGUGUCAGCUACAGUAAACAUUGAGUAAUGGCUAACCAUAAUGUGGUUUUACCCCAGGUCGAAUGCAGACAUGACAUUUAUUUUUGAUGAACCUAAUAAAUACCAUUCCAUUUAGUGGAAGAGA